AUGACUCCGUCUUCAUCUCGGGUCGCAUUCACCAACUUCUGUGCUCAUGAAGAGAUCAUUCCCCACCUCGUCACAGUCGACCGCCUCCAGGGUAGUGAACACGAGACACCUAACACCCGUCUUUACCAGGGUCCGCAGCUGCCUAUGCUCGAGGACAGGGUUGCCCUAAUGCUUGAGUCCAAAGCUGGGGCGUCGGGCAUGGUUGCCCUUGAUUUCAGCAAAGCCAUGGCCCGUUACGAACUGGCUUCAUAG